AUAAAUAAAAUAUUAUUUAAUUUCAUAUUUGAUAAGUUGUAUGAAAAUUUACACCAAAAAAAAAAUAAUGAACAACUAUUAUCACUAUUUCCUGAUGUUAUUGUCGGUCAAUGUAAUUGUGUUGUUAUCCGACCCCACUAUGUGUACCGAUGAAGCUGUCGAUGAAAACAUGGACAACGAAAUUGACAAUUUGAUUGCCGAUAACGACCGGAUGGCUCUACCCUAUAGACGAUUACCCGAAUCGGCCGAUGGUUUCCGAUAUGAAAUAUGCAAAAUCUUUUUCCAGAAAGAGCUAAAAAUUGUCGAUUAUUUGACCCAUAAAUACCAUUAUAAUCAACACUUGCGUGUAAUCGCUGCUAAUAUAACCUUAACUCGGAUGCAAUUGUUAAACAAAUUUUGUGAACUGGAUAUCAAUUUUGUGUUAAGUUUUUUCAAAUCAGCCAAUAAUUUAUUGGGUAAAACCAGAGAGUAUACACACUAUGCCUUCCAGGCCUACCAAAGGGCCAUUCAAUCCGAGACGGCUCUUAGUAUACCACAGAUUAUGUGUGUUUCAAAUAACUAUUACGAUAAGUAUACCAAUUCGUUCAAUGUUUCGGCAUUUCGUCAAAUAUCUGCCGAAUCACUGACAGCUUUGUCCAACUCAUGGAUGCCAUACCUGACCACACAAUUGAAACUUAAUUCGAGUUUGGCUUCAAGUGAUUGUAAUUCAUUGAACACAACAUAUGAUCAAAAAGGAUACAAAUAUCGUGUUUCCAAACAAAUGGCAUUAUUUGACGUUUUGGACGCAUCGCUAAAAAAAUUGAAUUAAAUAAUAAUUGAUUUAAAUAAUAAUUAUAAUACUAAUAAUGUAUUUUUACUAU